AUGGAUGCCAAGGUCAAGCAACACUAUCUGGCCGACUCCCCUCCGACGGUGGUGCGCUUGGAAGUCAAGUCUCACUUUGACAACCUCAAAGAUCAGAAGCUGCGAAAAUACGCGCAUUACUUGAGCAGGGCUGCUUUUGAAGGCGUUCGUGUAACCCUCCGCCAAGUUUCGCCGGAGUCGGAGCCUAUUUACGACCUCAUUAUCGAACUUCAUCGGGCUUGUGAUGGGGAUUGGCCUGAUCUCGCUCGUAAAACAGGCGUCAGCGAUGAGAAUCUGCGCUUCUUUUUAGAAUAUGCAGCUCAGUUUCUUGGAAACUGUGGUAAUUACAAGGGCUUUGGCGACUCGAAAUUCAUUCCUCGCCUGCCUGUCGAAGCAUUCCAGGCUUUAGCUUCUAGCACACCUAAGACAAAAGCUGCCUUUGACUUGGCCAACACCUCUGGAGGUGGCAUCUACGAAACCGAUGUGCAGUCGCGUAUGCACCUUGGCUAUUCGGAAGGGGACCACAUGACGACGUAUUACCCCGACUCACCGUCUAUCACCAAGGAUGAGAUCACGGCUAUCGGCGAUUUGAUGGAGCAAAAAGGAUUACCAUUGGAGAAUACGAGGCUCAGGAAGACGGAAUCAGGCGACUUUGAGUUGUUGAUCGCAUCGGGUGUUUCCUCGCCACCUGCGCGCGACAGAGAUCUCGGGGACGUUGAUACCUUUGACCUGGACGGAAAGCUCCAGGGACAGAAGCUUCGUCUUGUCUUUGGUGACCAUCGGGAGGAAAUGGCGAAGAUUGCUCACAGCGUCAAGCAGGCGGGGCUUCAUGCGGCAAAUGAUAACCAGAAGCGGAUGUUAGAUGCAUACGCGAUGUCGUUCGGCUCUGGUUCAAUAGAAGCGUUCAAAGAGAGCCAGAGAAUCUGGGUCAAGGACCAAAAGCCGGCAUUGGAAACGAACUUGGGUUUUGUAGAAACCUAUAGAGACCCGCAUGGUGUAAGAGGAGAAUGGGAAGGUUUUGUUGCUUUGGUCAACUUAGAGCGGACACGCGCUUUCGGUAAGUUGGUGGAUAGCGCCGAGGCCAUGAUCCCCAAGCUUCCAUGGGGUCGGGACUUCGAGAAGGACAAAUUCCUCAGCCCCGACUUCACGUCCCUAGAGGUUCUGAGCUUCCAGUCUUCUGGCAUCCCUGCUGGCAUCAAUCUGCCCAACUACGAUGACAUCCGGCAGAACCUUGGAUUCAAGAACGUUUCCCUUGGCAACGUUCUUAGCGCAAAAGCUCCUAAUGAGCCUGUUCCCUUCAUUGCCGAGAAAGAUCUGGAAGUCUACCGUAACUGCCGCGAUGCCGCUUUCGAGGUUCAGGUAGGCAUUCAUGAACUGCUCGGUCAUGGUACCGGGAAGUUGCUCCAGGAAACGGCUCCUGGAGAAUACAACUUCGACAUCUCGAGCCCUCCCAUAAGCCCGGUUACAAACAAGCCUGUCUCGUCCUGGUACAAGCCCGGACAGACUUGGGGCUCAGUAUUUGGAGCCCUUGCUUCUUCCUACGAAGAGUGCCGCGCGGAGUGUGUUGCAAUGGUGCUCAGCUGCGACUUCAGCAUCUUGAAACUGUUCGGUUUCGGUGACGGCAAGGAGGAUCUUGCCAGCGAUGCGGGUGACGUUCUCUUUGCUGGAUACCUGCAGAUGGCUCGCGCUGGUCUCGUCGCCCUGGAGUUCUGGGAUCCUAAGACCCAGAAGUGGGGACAGGCUCAUAUGCAAGCUCGGUACAGUAUCUUGCGCACUUUCCUCGAUGCUGGUGGCGACUUUGUCAAGCUCUCAUACACCAAGGAGGAUCUAUCUGAUCUGGAGAUUCACCUAGACCGCUCCAAGAUUUUGACUCAUGGUCGGCCAGCCGUGGAGAAGUACCUGCAGAAGCUGCAUGUCUACAAGAGCACCGCGGAUUUUGAAGCGGGCAAAAAGCUCUAUGACGAUAUCACAUCUGUCGAUGAGUGGUGGGGCACCAAUGUCCGCGAGAUCGUUCUGAAGAACAAAAUCCCUCGGAAGGUAUUUGUACAAGGCAACACCAUCCUUAAUGGGGAUGAAGUGACCCUCAAAGAGUACGAGCCCACGCUUGAGGGACUAAUUCAGAGCUUUGUCGAGCGUGAUGUCUAG